CAGCACGAGGAGCUUGAUUGAUGCUGAUGAAGCACGUGCCCCGGGAAGUCUGCAGCUUCUGCCCACACUAAAGAAAAACACGCUUUUGGACUUUGCGCACGCUGCUGAUUUAAAAAAAAGCAAUCUCGGAGGACAUUUUUGACGCAAUUUCCAUUGUGUCAAAAGCGCUCGCGCAACUGUGACGCAAAAUUCCCAUUUUUUAAAAAAAAUACGUUUCCUGUCGCGUGAUCUCAACGGAACGACAGAACGCGUUCGUCGUGUGCAAAAGCUGUCAGGAUGACCCAAGAUCAGCUCCUGGUCGGUUUGAAGAAGGACGUCCGCUCUCUUCUGGUCUCUGCUAAGCAUGGUUUGACCCCUGAGCAGCUCAAGAAAGACUACCAGACCAUGCUGGGCUUCCCCAUGCCCCUCAGGCUGCUGGGAUUCAGAAAUGUUUUGGAUAUGGUGAAGGAAAUGCCGGAUGUCGUGCACUUGAAGUUCCACCCAGAUGGCAGCAUCGUUUUGAAAGCCGUUGUAAAUGAGAGCACCAAAGGCAUCCAAGAGCUGGUGGCUAAGCAACGUGACCCCAAAACAAAAUCUAACUUUCGGAGGGGACCACCAGGAAACUUCCACAUCUCUUACCCACGAAACCAACCCGUUUUUCUUCCACGCCGUGGCCAAUCAAAACCCGCUCUGCCCGCUCAACUGCGUAGCCAAUUAAAACAAUUGCUAUCUCACGGGCCAGUCAGAUUAUCAGAGCUGGAGUCCAGGUAUAUGGCGCAAUUUGGAAAGCCGCUCAACAUCACGCAGUAUGGCUUCUACUCCAUUUCCGAGAUGCUAGCAUCCGCCGCGGAUUUCAUAAUCAUGCAGCAGAGUCGCACAGGCUCGCAACUUCUGCUGAGGAAUGCCAUAAUGCCACAAAAUCGGAUCAGACAUCUGAUGAAAAAGCCACUGGCUACUCCCUUGGUGGCGAAACAGAAGCCUAUCAGUCCUAAAGCAACUUCGCCCCCAGAGAGGAACCAGCAAGAAUCGCAUUCCACCCGUGAUGUUUCUAAACCGGAACCUGUGAAGGCAGAGCACUCUUUUGAAGAAACCAUUUUUAAGCUUGAGGAGGAGCUCAGGCAGCAGAUCCUCGAGAAGGGCACCGCUGGCACCGUCAGCCAUGAGCUGAAAGAUAAGCUACGGAAGGUUGUAGCUGAAAAUGGCAACGGGAUCUCCAUUCACAAUCUUCCCACAGAAUACAAGCGAAUGUAUGGCGAGGAGUUGCCGGUGACCCAGUAUGGCUUUCUGAGCGUGACCGAAAUGGUUGGGGCUUUGAGUGACACAUUGUCCAUCCAAGAAGGUGCUGACAAAAGUGAAAACCAAUGGAUGGUUGUCGAGUUCAAACCAAAUGACAUACAACCCACUGAACCUGAAUCAUCUCCGGGUCACGGCACCACCGCCAACGAAUCCCAGAAUCCCUCCAGCAAAGCCAAUUACUUCAGCUGUGCCGAAUCUGCAUGGGAGCGCGAAGAGGUGGAGAAAUGCACAGACACCCAAGAGUCCCAGAGUGAGCUCAGAAUCACCAAUAAAACCAUCCAUCAGAUGACGGAUCUUUUCCCAGAGCUGGUGGUGAGUGGAGUUUCGGCGGUUCCUCCAGACGCGGUGCGCUGCCAGAAGCUGAAGCCCCCGGCUCACAGGAGGGAGAGAGAGCUGGUGCCAGUCCUGGUGGAGCAGACGGAGUCUCCCAGCCACUUCUACAUCCGCUUCAGCAACAACAAAGAAGCCAGAGCCCUGGAGAACAUGAUGAUUGAAAUGCGGAGCUGUUACUCCUACCCGGAAGUGAUGGAGAGAUACCGGCUGCCUGAUGAGUAUGUGCGGCGGGGUCAAGUGUGCUGUGUGGCUCCCAGAGACAUGUGGUUCUACCGGGUAGUGAUCCACGAGCUGUUCAGUGAUACUGAAGUAAAGGUGUACUAUGUUGACUUUGGAGACAUAACAAAAGUGGAACGAAACAGCCUCCGGUUUCUCAAAGCUUGUUAUGCUGAUCUUCCAGCUCAGGCUGUCCCGGCAAUGUUAGCUGGAGUUCGGCCCCUCACAAGCACUUGGACUCAGAGUGCGAUCAGCGCUUUCCAGAGGAUGUGCUGUGAGCGCACUCUGGUGGCCGCCGUCCACAGCUACCAAGAGGACUUCCUGUUGCUCUUCCUGUGCGACACAAACACGGAGGAGGAUGUUUACGUUCACCUUGCUUUACAGAAGGAGGGCCACGCCCUUCCCUCCAUCACCGCUUAUGGAUUGGUGUCAGGGAAGUUUAACCCAGUGACAUGUUAUUUUGGAGAUGAUCAGCUUGGGGAAGUACAGGAGUGCCUCUCACCGUCCACAUCUUUUCCAGAAAACAAGAACUCCUCUCUAACGCUUUCUAGCUCUGAAAAUGGAGAAACCAGCUUUUCCUCUGUAUAUGUGGACUCAGCCCUCGACAUUCCUGCCCUUGAGUUUAUUAAUAUUCCUGACUUCAAUACUGCAGCUAAAAGUGGAAAAGUAAAUCCAUCUGAGGCUCCGCAGGCUGAAGACUCAUUAUGCAGUGAAUGGGAUCAGGGAUGGACAGCAGAGGAUGAAAAUGAUAAGAACAAACUAGAACCUGACGUCAAGACCGAAGACGAAUCGAAACCUCACACUGCGCCUGCUCCUCUGCCCGUCCAAGCAGCAGUGUGUGAACCACAGGUGCGCGCGCGUCCUAUUGAACCAAAGGCCAACCCACUCACACACACCAGACCUUACACCCCUGACCCCAUCAGGAUCAACUCCAGCUAUGCAGGUGUACCUGUUAAUCUGGUCCAGCCCCAGCUCUCCCUCUUCAUGAAGCAGUUGUUCGGCAGUCCAUUUCAUCUGGGACCGCUUCCAAACCCUCUCUUCCAGCAGCACACAUCUCCGCUAGCCCUGAGACCAGCCGCCCGUCUCUCUGCCGGGGCUAACAUGCUGCACUGGCGCUCCAAUUACAUAGCCUGACCGGCCACAAGUAGUGCGUGCUUUGUACUUUUGUCAUAUUUAAUAACUUAAGUUCUUUCGUUACAUCCCAGAAAUAUAUCAAUUGAUACAUAAAAAAGCCGCAGACAACGACAAAGUGGCUAAGUUUCUUAUUCUUUUUCAGCGCAAUGUUUCUCCAGCAGCACGUCGUUCUUUAUUUUGAUGUAUUAGCAUGCUGACGUUUUGUGUGUUUUCUCCAUGAACCGGCCGUUUGUUUGUUGAUUCGUUAAGUUGCUUGUUCGGUGUUCUAUUCAGAUUUUUACUUUUAUCAAGAACCAAAAUGUUUUAUAUAUAUAUUAAAAAAA